AUGGCAUGUAAAACCAAAAGCAAGCAGCAGAAAAAGCAUCGUGUCAAAGUACCUCAGAGGAAGCACAUCCGCCGCACGGUGAACGGGUUGGACACGUCCAGCUCCAGCCAGCGCCACAGCCCCUACCCGUCUCAGGUCAGCAGCACCAGAGCGGGCCUCCUGGCCGUCCUCCGCACUUCGACCAGCAAAGGCGUCCUCAAAGACACGGACGGCAGCCGAGCCCGUCUGCUUCCCAAAGCAGCCAUGAACCUCCACAUUGGGCCGUACGUCGCUCAGAGCACUUUAAACCUCCCCCAGCCUGUCCCCCACAUCCAGAGCAUGUCUCAAACCCAUCCCCAGGCAUUGGCCCAGAAACCGGGCCUCCCACAUCCACAGCAUGCUCUACAGCAGCAGCAGCACAACAUGGCUCACUCCAUGACUUCACAGCCACAGAAUAUGCCUCAACCUCACCCUCAAACUUUACAGCAACAGAAUAUGGCCCACCCUCAAACUUUACAGCGGCAACAAAGCUUGUCCAAGUUGCAAACUGUACAGCAGCAACAGCAGAAUAUGGCGCAACCGCAGAAUAUCCAGCGGCAGCAGAGUUUGCCUCACACGCAGACUUUACAACAGCAGCAGCAGCUAAAUCAGUCUCGGCCACAAACCUUGCAGCAGCAGCAACAACAGCAGCAUCUUCCUCAUCCUCAGACGCUGCAGCACCAGACUCUUUCUCACCAACAAGCUUUACUACAGCAGGCUGUGGCUCAGGCUCAAGGUCUCCGGCACCUGCCUGAUGUAGCCCAGGCCCAGCAUCCACCUAGUCUGCAGCACCCCCAGAGCCUGCCCCUGUCACAACCUCUCCCCCAGGGCCUCCGACACCUGCCUGAUGUGGCCCAGGCCCAGCCACCCAGUCUGCAACAUUCCCAGGGCCUCCCCGCAUCUCAGACACUCCCCCAGGCCUCCGGUGCCGGCCCUGGCCCUUCCUCUGCUUCCAAUGCCCUGCAGCCCCAGCCAGGCCCCCCCUACGGCCGCAGGAAGGUGCCAGAUGCCGACAUACAGAUAAACCAGUUCUGCCAGGCUCGGGCCGGAAUGGGCGCCACCUCGGUGUGCGAGGGCCAGAUCGCCAACCACAGCCCCAUCAGCCGUAACCACCUCAUCAAUGACAGCUCCAGGGUCAACACACCCCACAACCUGGGCCUCCUUCCCUCCUGCCUGCUGGGCCCCACAGAGAAGGCCCCUGGAGGGUCCCAAGGCCCUGCUGUUGGCCUACAGCCCAACAUGGCCGUCAUGAACAGGAUGCCACCUACUUUCCACACUGACAUGAAGCAGCAGUUACAGCAGCAGCAAUUACAGCAGUUACAACAGGUUCACCAGCAACAACAACAGCAUCAGUUACAGCAGCAACUCCAACAGCAUCAAUUCCAACAGCAGCACUCCUGGAACCAGCACCAGCUGGCUCACAUGCAGCACCUGCCUGAGGGAACCAACCCCUGCAAGAACCCCAGGAGAGAAGCCCCCUCUGGGCCUGGCCUCCUCUGGGCCCUUAAACACGCAUCAGACAAGACAUCCCCCAUGCCCUCCGUAACCGGCCUACCGGGUGGCACCAUGCACAGCUACACCAACGGGCGCUACUUGCAGGGUCCAUGGGGCAGCAUCCUACAAGCAGCCAAAAGUGACGGUCUAGGCCCUCAGGAUUUGCCAAUGGCCUUCCAGGGGGGUCCAUCAGGGGCCUCCAUAGACUGCAGCACACCAGGAUCACAGUACCGACCAGGAGCCAGACCCGGGGUCCCAGGUCCGGGUCAGACCAAGUUGAUGCAGCAGAACGUGUCUGAUUACCUGGCUGGGGAGUUCCAGGCGUUCCAGCAGAACCCAGAAGCCAUGGGGAAGAUGCACAGGCCCCCCAUGGGUAGAGCUCCAGCCCAGGGCCCAGAGCUAGGCAACGGUAGAAAUAUCCACGCUCACCACCCAGGCUAUAGAUAGAUAUAUAGCAGUCUUCACCUCACCAGUUGUGUGUUAUGGUUGGUGAAUGAUUCAAUGUUACAAUCAGGUGUCCACAUGUUGUAGAGAUCUUGCAAGUGAUCAAUUGAAUGUUCUCCCUAGUCGGUUGCUCCUGCUCUCAAUGUUCAAUCGCUGACUUAUCUGUGUUUUAAAAGUAGGUCCUCAGCCCUUAAAAAGGUACAGUGGGGAAAAAAAGUAUUUAGUCA